GUGGCCGCGGCGCUCGACGACGGCCUGUCCGACCUGCGGGACCUCUUCUGGCCGCUCAACGACUCCUGGCUGCUCGACGGCUUCGACGACUUCGACCACGACCACUUUGAGAAUGCCGGCGACUUCUUCCCGGAGGCGCAGAGCACGGCUGCGCCGGCCGCGCGGCCGCCCCCGGGCCCGCCGGACCCUGAGUUCGACUCCAACCUGGUGACCAACGUGACGGCACAGCUGGGCGGCACCGCCUUCCUGCACUGCCGCGUCCGCAACCUGGGCGAGCACACGGUGUCGUGGGUGCGACGCCGCGACUGGCACAUCCUCACCUCGGGCCUCUUCACCUACACCAACGACGAGCGGUUCCAGGUGGCCCACUCCACUGACGAGGACUGGAGCCUCCAGAUCAAGUACGUCCAGAAGCGUGACAACGGCACCUACGAAUGUCAGGUGGCGACCGGCGGCGGCACGAUGUCGCACUACUUCAACCUGCACGUGGUGGCGCCGGCCGCCUUCAUCCUGGGCAGCGGCGAGUACCACAUCGGCGAGGGCAGCACCAUCUCGCUCGUCUGCAUCAUCGAGAAUAGCCCGACGCCGCCGCAGUACGUGUUCUGGUUCCACAACGAGCGCGUCGUCAACUACGAGGGGUCGCGCGCCGUCGCCGUGAGCACGGAGCCGGGCCCGCGCACUCACUCGCGGCUGCUCAUCCCGCGCGCCACGCGCCACGACUCCGGCAACUACACGUGCAGCGCGCCCGACACGCAGCCCGACACCAUCAACGUCUACGUCUCGCAGGGUGUGUCAACGAGCUGCCUGCAGAGAAGUGAACAGCUUGUUUCAAGGCGUUCUGCAUUUGCUCCAGGAUGCAGCCGAGGACGUAGUUCUUCGAGAAGUGGACGCCAGGAAAGACUGGAACUGUGUGAAUGAGGUGUUCUCUCCAAUGAAAGAGAUGCCUUCUGUACAGAUCUAUCAAAGUGUGAUACGUGGAAUUACAUUUAACGGAAAGUGGGAGACGUGACUUUGGGGACGAAGAGAAGUUAUUUGAAUUACACAUGGCUUUGUAAAUAAAUGUAUCAUUGUUAAUUUUAAUGAACGUA